UUGUGGAGUAUUUUUUCUUUUGCAGCGGAAGAAUGGUGGUAGCACUAGUAGGGACUGGGAAGAAAGGCUGGAGAGAGAACCUUUGCAAUAUCUAUUAAGUUUCAAUUUUCAUUUCUAUUUUUAUCCCAACACUCUACUGCUCAAAUCCCACAUCACAAUUUCUUAGAUUUUCGACACUGAAAAGCAAAGUAGAAGAAGCCGCUGUCGAGUUCCAAUCCACGUGUUCUUUCUUUUUGGCCUUUCUGGGUCAUCGGAAAAUAUCACGGGGGAGCUCGAUUCUUUCUGUUUUACCUGCUUUUCUAAUUGAAAGACCGUAUUGUUUGGUUAAUUUAUUCUGGGACAUUGGGAAGUGUCACUGGAAAUUGAUAAUGCGGAGAGGGUUGAAGUUUUUUGGUGGGUUAGCGCCGAUCGGAAUGUUGCCGGAGAUUUGAUGGAACCGGAUUUAGUUCGGGCAGUGUUAUUUUUAUGGAGCUAAGAUUUCGGUGUAGUGGGUGUGCUUGUGUAAAUUUACAUCCGACUUUUUCGACUAAUUAUCAGCUUGCUUUCAUUUUCUUCAAGGUUUUCUUGACAUUUGUGUGUUUAGAGGCUGUUUAUGCAACAUUGCAAGAACGCCCAUUGGAGAGGCAAGGCUUGGAGAAGGGGGAUGAAUAUAUUAUUUCACAUUCUUGCAUUCAUGAUCGGAUAGUUGAACAACGCGAGCGACCUGGGCGUCAGGUGUAUUCUGUGACUCCACAGGUCUAUGCAGAGCCUGGUAUGUCAAAGCCACUCCACCAUAGGGGAAGGGCAUUGCUGGGAAUCUCUGAGUCUUCUGGGCAACAGAAGGAUGUAAAGCUUCCCAUAAGAAUUUAUCUAAAUUAUGAUGCAGUUGGGCACUCAUCUGAUAGAGAUUGUCAAAAUGUUGGUGACAUUGUAAAGCUUGGAGAGCCACCAGGAGCUUCUUUUUCUGGGGAACCUUCUUGUAAUCCACAUGGGGAUCCUCCAGUUUAUGGUGACUGCUGGUAUAACUGCACCUUAGAAGACAUAGCUGCAGAGGACAAGAAAGACCGCCUCCGCAAGGCUUUGGGGCAGACAGCUGACUGGUUCAAAAGAGCCUUGGCUGUUGAACCUGUAAAAGGAAACUUGCGGUUGAGCGGAUAUUCUGCAUGCGGACAAGAUGGAGGUGUACAACUGCCAAGGCAAUAUAUAGAAGAGGGUGUUGCUGAGGCGGAUCUAGUUCUCUUGGUGACUACGAGACCUACAACUGGCAACACCUUGGCGUGGGCAGUGGCAUGUGAACGUGAUCAAUGGGGACGUGCUGUCGCUGGGCACGUUAAUGUUGCUCCACGUCAUCUGACUGCAGAAGCGGAAACUUUGCUUUCAGCCACUCUGAUACAUGAGGUGAUGCACGUGCUUGGAUUUGAUCCACAUGCCUUUGCACAUUUUCGUGAUGAGAGGAAAAGAAGGAGAAGUCAGGUUACCGAGCAAGUCAGUGAUGAAAAGCUUGGACGAGUAGUCACGCGUGUUGUGCUUCCUCGAGUUGUCAUGCAUUCACGAUUUCAUUACGGGGCAUUCUCUGAGAAUUUCACUGGCUUAGAGCUGGAAGAUGGUGGUGGACGUGGCACAUCAGGUUCGCACUGGGAGAAAAGGCUUUUGAUGAAUGAAAUUAUGACAGGAUCAGUAGAUACCAAAUCAGUUGUUUCAAAAAUGACUCUUGCUUUACUUGAAGAUAGUGGAUGGUACCAAGCUAAUUAUAGUAUGGCUGACCGGCUUGAUUGGGGCCGCAACCAAGGAACUGACUUUGUUACCUCACCUUGCAACUUCUGGAAAGGUGCAUAUCGUUGUAAUACAACCCAGUCAUCUGGUUGUACAUAUAACAGAGAGGCAGAAGGUUACUGCCCAAUUCUAAACUACAGUGGAGAUCUUCCACAAUGGGCUCGCUAUUUCCCACAGGCUAACAAAGGUGGUCAGUCACCAUUGGCAGAUUAUUGCACUUAUUUUGUAGCAUAUUCAGAUGGAUCAUGUACAGAUACUAAUAGUGCUCGUGCUCCUGACAGAAUGUUGGGUGAAGUACGGGGAAGUAACUCAAGGUGCAUGGCGUCGUCAUUAGUUCGUACUGGGUUUGUACGUGGUUCUAUGACUCAGGGAAAUGGUUGUUACCAGCACCGAUGUGUAAACAAUUCUCUGGAGGUUGCUGUGGAUGGUAUUUGGAAGGUAUGCCCUGAAGGUGGUGGGCCCAUUCAGUUUCCUGGCUUUAAUGGCGAACUCAUCUGCCCAGCUUUCCAUGAACUCUGUGAUAUAGAUCCAGAACCUGUGUCUGGUCAAUGUCCCAAUUCAUGCAAUUUUAAUGGAGAUUGUGUUAAUGGAAGAUGUCAUUGCUUUCUAGGUUUUGAAGGAGAUGACUGUGGCAAACGUUUGUGCCCUAACAAUUGUAGCAGCUGUGGGGAGUGCCUUUCUCAUGGUGUUUGUGAAUGUGAAAAUGGAUAUACUGGCAUCGACUGUUCUACAGCUACUUGUGAUGAACAAUGCAGCCUUCAUGGUGGCGUCUGUGAUAAUGGCAUUUGUGAGUUCCGAUGCUCUGACUAUGCUGGCUACACUUGCCAGAACAGCUCCACGCUUCUCCCAAGUCUCUCAGUUUGCCAAGAUGUGCUAAAGAAAGAUGCAGGCAGUCAACAUUGUGCUCCUAGUGAAUUGAGCAUCUUGCAGCAGCUUGAAGAAGUAGUUGUGAUGCCAAACUACCACCGGUUAUUUCCAGGCGGGCCUAGGAAAUUCUUAAACUAUUUUAGAGGCAAGGACUGUGAUGGUGCUGCUAAACGACUAGCUUGCUGGAUAUCUAUUCAGAAAUGUGACAAGGAUGGAGACAACAGACUACGUGUCUGCCAUUCAGCAUGCCAAUCGUAUAACAUGGCUUGUGGAGCAUCACUUGAUUGCGCUGACCAAACCCUAUUCAGCAAUGAAGAAGAGGGAGAAGGUCUUUGCACAGGUUGGGGUGAAUUAGAUUCAUGGUUUUGACAGCUCCGUGCGUUGCUGGUUUUCCAGGAAAGUUCCCUUAAGAAAAAGCAUGUACAUUUGUAGGUUGAUGUAGGAUUUUUCUUUUUGGGCCUGUAAUUUCUUUCUUAAUUUUCUCCUAGCUGUAGGAAUAGAUGCCAUGAGUAGCCCUUGCACUAGAAUAGAUUCUUCUUCUCCCAGCCCAGUAUUGGUUUAAAAGGAACGGGUGGGAAUCGAGAUAUUCAGCUUUCGAAGAUGAAAGCCUAAUGUAGAGAGAAAUUUACAAUGUAUGGUAAAGAAAAAAA